GAGGAGUUGCCAGCUAAAGAAGAUGGGAGCAAAUAGCAGCAGCAUCAGUGAACUUCCAGAAAAUGAGUAUUUAAAAAAAUUAUCAGGAGCAGAGCCAAUCUCUGAAAAUGACCCAUUCUGGAAUCAGCUGCUGUCUUUUAACUUUACUGCUCCAACAAACAGUGCUGACUUAAAGCUACUGGAAGAAGCCACCAUCUCAGUCUGCAAGUCUUUAGUUGAGAAGAAUCCUCGAACUGGAAAUCUUGGGUCAUUGAUUAAAGUCUUUCUUGCUAGAACCAAAGAAUUAAAAAUUUCAGCAGAAUGUCAGAAUCACCUCUUUAUUUGGCAGGCUCACAACGCGUUGUUUAUUAUCUGCUGUUUGCUGAAAGUAUUCAUCAGUCGAAUGUCAGAAGAAGAAUUACAACUUCAUUUUACUUACGAAGAGAAGACGCCGGGGUCAUACGGAACAGAAUGUGAAGACCUCAUAGAAGAAUUGCUGUGUUGCCUCAUCCAGCUCAUUGUUGAAAUUCCCCUCUUAGAUAUAACGUACAGCAUUUCCUUGGAGGCUGUGACAACGCUGAUAGUUUUCCUCUCCUGCCAAUUAUUUCACAAGGAAAUUCUGCGAGAGAGCAUCAUUCAUAAACAUCUGAUGCGUGGUCGCUGUCUCCCAUACACCAGCAGACUUGUGAAAACUUUACUGUAUAAUUUCAUUAGACAAGAAAGAAGCCCUCCUCCAGGGAGCCACGUCUUUCAUCAGCAAACCGAUGGAGGGGGACUGCUUUAUGGCAUCGCCUCUGGGGUGGCAACUGGCCUGUGGACGGUGUUCACGUUAGGGGGAGUGGGGAGCAAAGCAACGCCGCAGCUGGAGCAGAGCUCCCCUCUAGCUAACCAGAGCCUCCUGCUUCUGCUCGUCUUGGCCAACCUCACCAACGCACCAGACACACCGAAUCCCUACAGACAAGCUAUUAUGUCCUUCAAGAACACGCAAGAUAACACGGCUUUUUCUUCAUCAAACCCACAUGCUUUCCAGAUUAACUUUAACAGCCUAUACACAGCUUUGUGCGAGCAGCAGAAAUCAGAUCAAGCAACUCUUCUUCUGUACAUGCUUCUGCAUCAGAACAGCAACGUGCGCACAUACGUCUUGGCCCGCACGGACAUAGAGAACCUUGUUUUGCCAAUUCUCGAAAUCCUGUAUCAUGUUGAAGAAAGGAAUUCACACCAUGUUUACAUGGCUCUCAUAAUUUUGUUGAUCCUAACAGAGGAUGAUGGCUUCAAUCGAUCCAUCCAUGAAGUGGUAUUGAAAAAUAUCACUUGGUAUGCUGAACGUGUCUUAACGGAGAUCUCCCUUGGAAGUCUUCUGAUACUGGUUGUGAUAAGAACCAUCCAAUACAACAUGACACGGACAAGGGACAAGUACCUUCACACAAAUUGCCUGGCAGCCUUAGCAAAUAUGUCAGCCCAGUUCCGCUCACUUCAUCAAUACGCUGCUCAGAGGAUCAUCAGUUUGUUUUCUUUAUUAUCCAAAAAACACAACAAAGUUUUGGAGCAAGCCACGCAGUCCUUAAGAGGUUCCCUCAGUUCAAAUGACCCUCCACUUCCCGAUUACGCACAGGACCUGAACGUGAUCGAGGAGGUGAUCCGAAUGAUGCUGGAGAUCAUCAACUCCUGCUUGACCAAUUCCCUCCACCACAACCCAAACUUGGUGUACGCGCUGCUCUACAAGCGGGAUCUGUUUGAGCAGUUUCGAACUCACCCUUCCUUCCAGGACAUAAUGCAAAAUAUAGAUCUGGUGAUCAGCUUCUUCAGCUCCCGAUUAGAGCAAGCUGGAGCCGAGCUGUCAGUGGAGCGAGUUCUGGAAAUCAUCAAACAAGGAGCUGUUGCUUUGCCCAAAGACAGGCUGAGAAAAUUUCCUGAGCUGAAGUUCAAGUACGUGGAAGAGGAGCAGCCGGAGGAGUUCUUCAUCCCCUACGUCUGGUCCUUGGUUUACAACUCGGCCGUGGCCCUGUACUGGAACCCCCGCGACAUCCAGCUCUUCACCGUGGACUCAGGCUGAAGGGGGCCGGAC